UUUAUUUAUUUAUUUUUUUUCUCUUAAGCCCCUAAACAAAAAAACCAAAACCAAAAUGCACUCGUCACCGUUCACUUCCUUCGUCUCUUUUAUUUUUAUUUUGCCGGUGAGAUAAUUUAAAUCACCUGCCUGGUCACCCUAGCUUUGUCUCCAUUUCAUAUCGCUCUUCUCUUCUCUUCUUCUUCUAUAGACCAAUUUUUUGGUUUGUUUUUGUUCUGGUUUGGGAUUCGAUUCUUUUUCGGGUUUUUGGAUUCAAUUUUUUCGUUGCUGCUUCUGUUCAGAUUUGAUAAUUGAUGAGUCUUCUUGUGCUUUGGUUAUCUGCAACAAGCAAAGGAUUUUCUUAGUAAGUUUUCUUAAGUUGAAAGACAAUGGAGGCGCGUCCUACUUUAUCCAUUUCAAGGUCUGGUGCAAAGCAGCUCACUAAUAUAGGGGUAACUGGAGCGCUGUCGUCGCCUUUGCCUGUGCUUCCAACCCAUUUCGAAGAGUCAUAUCCCAAGUUACCUGACUCUCAACAAAUCUCAAUGGGAAGAGAACUUAUGACAACAAGUCCUCUUACUCAUGGAGGUGUUCGUGUAUCCUCUAACAGCGGAGUAAUGGGUCACAUAUUCUCAACUUCUUCAGGAUUGUCAUCCGAUCUUCACUAUUCAUCAGUGUCACUUUCACCUCGAAAGAUUCAGUCUAGAAAUACCCCCUUUAUGUCUCAAUCCUCAACUAAUGGGGUAUCUUUCCCGGUGUCGCAAUCCUCUCAUUCAGCCCUGCCUCAGUCUACUAUGUCAAGUCCUUAUGGCAAAGAAACCAGUGCUUCAUGGUGUACAGAUUCUGUUUCGGAUUUUCUUGAUUUCUCUGUAAAUACCCCUGUCGAGAAUACUCAAGUAGAAAGCAGUAGCUGUAGUGGUAUCAUUGUAUCAGAAGAAUUUGGCAAGCGCAAUGAUUGGCAGGACUGGGCUGAUCAGCUUAUUACUGAUGAUGCUGCUGCUUUAACUUCGAAUUGGGAUGAACUCCUUGCUGAUACCAAUGUAACCGAUAUUGACCCAAAGAUGGCAUAUCAAGUAUCGACACCAUCUUCGAAUAUUCAGGCUCAGCAGUCCCAAGUUCAUCAGCAGCUUCCCGCUCCAUCUGGAGAAAUUCAGGCAGUUGCUACUCCAUCUGGAGAGAUUCAGACAGUUUCUACUCCAUUUAGUUCGGCUAAUAAUGCUGCAGCCAAGCCUCGUAUGCGAUGGACACCAGAACUUCAUGAGGCUUUCGUGGAGGCUGUCAACCAACUCGGUGGCAGUGAACGAGCAACACCUAAGGGUGUCUUAAAGCUCAUGAAAGUUGAAGGUUUGACUAUCUAUCAUGUCAAAAGCCACUUGCAGAAGUAUAGGACAGCUCGAUAUAGACCUGAAUCAUCAGAAGGGACAUCAGAGAAGAAAUUGACUCCCAUUGAAGAUAUUUCAUCUCUUGAUUUGAAAACGGGCAUUGAGAUCACUGAAGCUCUACGGAUGCAAAUGGAAGUGCAGAAGCGGCUGCAUGAACAGCUUGAGAUACAAAGGAACCUGCAGUUGCGAAUAGAAGAGCAAGGGCGGUACCUUCAAAUGAUGUUCGAGAAACAAUGCAAGUCGGGUAUGGACAAGUUAAAGGCUUCAUCAUCUUCUUUGGAGAACCCCUCUCCUGAUGCAAUUCCAGAUUCCUCAUUAAAAAGUGAACUUGAAGCAUCGGGGAAAGACAACGACAACGACGGGAAAACUGAAACUGAUCCAACCAAUGCUAAAGCUAUCUCGGAAGAAGGUUCCGACGAGCUUGGCAAGCAGCAGAAAGAGACACCUCAAGAAAAUAAAGCUUCUGAUGAUCUUGGGCAAGAUGCAAGCGGGGCCGGCUCCCAACCCUCGAAGCGUCCGAGAACAAGUGAAUAAGCCAUGUCAUGUCAUGUCAUCUCUUCUUCCUCCUCAACUUAGCAUUAGCUUGAAUCUGACAUAAUAGAUGGAAAGAGAUUUUAAGACUUAGAAGAGGUCCUUCUCUCUUGUUCCAGCUAGUGUUAUAAAUAUUAUUAUUAUUAUUAUUGUCAUUAAUUAUCAUGGGCAUUGUCACAUAUUUAGUUUAUAUAAUUAGAUGAUGAUAAAUAUUGAAGCUGGUAACUGGUUACAAGUUUUGUUCCUACUAUUCUUGAAUUUCUAAUAAUUAAUUAUUAGUAUUUAGCUA